AUGUAUAGACUAACGACUAUCUUGAUCACGCUAUGCACGUUUUUCUUCACUGUUCUAGCUGCGCCAUUACGGCUCAAUGGAAUAUUGCUAAUUGCUUUAACAAAGGGUACCUGGUUUGAAACUGGUACAGGAGCCUGCGGAUACACGGAUUCAGAUGAUGAUCCUAUUGUCGCUAUUUCCGCCGAGAUAUAUGGCAGUGGAGGAAACUGUAAUCAGUGGAUUCACAUCACCAAUACUGACAACGGACAGACCGCGUACGGGAAGACGCGUGACGAAUGCGAGUCUUGUGGCUCAGGUAGCUUAGACAUGUCUCCUGGCCUAUUUGAAGAACUAAGCACGCUUGACACCGGUGAAAUCCCAAUUUCAUGGCACUUUAUGAACAAGGACUGGUCGCCUUAA